UGAUGCUCUGCAGCCACAUAAAUAAGAGCUCUCAACGGAAAUGAGCACAAGAUUAACAUAUAUUCAUCACUGGGGAGAAUUUUUUUUUUUUUCCCCUCUUUUUUUUCAGUAACAUACCUAAAAUAAAGAUAGAGGUGUGGUUUAUAUGACUGGUGAAUUUAUGGAGAACCAUUCUAUAACUGCAUAACAGAUGUGAUGGGGAGGGGGAGAGAGAUUAGUGGCGCUUUAAUGAUUUGAAAGCACUUGAGCUUAAAGCUGAUGGGGAGGGGGUUAAACCACCAGCACACACUUGUCACAACAUACACAAUUCAGCAUGUCUGCCUGAGGGCUGCUGGGCAAACAAGCUUGGCAUCAUCUUAAUGUUAACUUAAGGAGGUAUUUCCCACCCAACGUAUCCAGAGGAAUUCAUUUAUCAGGCUGUGCAUUUGAUUCUUGAAACAUACUUGGCAUGAGGUUUGUGAAUAUGGGUGUCCGUGUUCGACGAGCUGCUGAACCGGCAGAACCAGAACCAGAACCUGAACCACAUCCAAAACCAGAACAUGAGCCACAUCCUGCUCCCCCAACUCAUCAUGACUAUGAAAACAUGAAGAGCAAGUUCAUGAAUGAGCUGGAACAUCUUUCAUUACCGAUGUGGGCUGUAGGAGCCAUUGUGGUGGUGGUUCUUGCCCUUGUGGCUUGUUUUACAUAUUGCAUGUUCAAGAAAUGCUUCGGAAAGAAGAAGAAAUCCAAGAAAGCUCGAGAGAGGAAAAGAGCAGCACGGAGAAAAAUAGAAGGGACUGAAGGAGAGGGUGAAGGAGAGCAUAAGGAGGAAGGAGAAAAGAAGGAGGGAGAAGAGCAAAAGGAGGAGCAUGAAAAUCUGGGAAAACUGGAAUUCUCUUUGGAUUACAACUUCACUGAUGCUCAGUUGAUAGUUGGAGUUCUUCAGGCUCAAGAUCUUCCUGCUAUGGAUAUUGGCGGCACAUCUGACCCAUAUGUAAAAGUUUACCUGCUUCCAGACAAGAAGAAGAAGUUUGAAACCAAAGUCCAGCGCAAAAACCUCUGCCCUGUGUUUAACGAGACCUUUAUCUUUAAGAUUCCCUAUGCUGAGUUGGGUGGUAAAACUUUGGUGCUUCAGGUGUUUGAUUUUGAUCGGUUUGGUAAACAUGAUGUGAUUGGCCAGAUAAAGAUUCCUAUGAACUGUGUGGAUCUCGCACAGCCACUGCAUGAAUGGAGGGAUCUCGAAAAUGGAGAAAAGGAGGAGGAGAAACUUGGAGACGUUUGUAUUUCUCUACGUUAUGUGCCCACUGCCGGUAAACUCACUGUUAACAUAAUGGAGGCCAAAAAUCUCAAGAAGAUGGAUGUUGGUGGUUUAUCAGAUCCGUAUGUGAAGAUUGUGUUACAGCAUAAUGGAAAGCGUCUGAAAAAGAAGAAAACUACAGUAAAAAAGAACACAUUGAACCCAUACUUCAAUGAGAGCUUCAGCUUUGAGGUCCCAUUUGAACAGAUUCAGAAAGUCCAACUCCUCAUCACUGUAUUUGACUACGACAAGCUGGGCAGCAACGACCCUAUCGGCAAAAUCUUAAUUGGUUAUGGCGCCACAGGUGUCGGCCUACGCCAUUGGUCAGACAUGCUGGCCAAUCCCCGGCGUCCAGUGGCCCAGUGGCACGUACUUCAAACAGAGGAAGAGGUGGAUGCUGCUCUGAAGGCGCCACAUCGCUAACCAUCGUCAUGGUAACAAGUGGGUAAUAUACCCAGAGUACGCUCACAUCCAGGGUAACAGUGAAUCAUCCAUCUACUGAGCAACUUAGUGAAUGGCACUGAUAGGCACUGCAUGCAUUAGCUUUACUAGCAUGACCAGUGAUAUUUACUAUUUAUGUUUCAUGGAAGCAUUGCAGAGUUAUAGCUUCACACUUAAUGUUUUCUCUCCCAAGGUACUUUUGUGUUACGUGAAGAUCGUCAAGAGAUGUUUUUUUUGCAUGUUUUUUAUGUUUGGAGUAGACGUGUUUUCUUUAUGGUAACUGUCACUCUGCAUGGUUUCGUAAGUUAUUUUUGUGUUAAAGAUGUGAUGAUGACUUGUUGCUAAUUUUGGAGUAUGUCUAUGAUUUUUGGCAAAUAUAAAAUGAGAUAAGAAUUAAAAUCUUCUCUUCUGCAUUUAAUUAAUAGCUAUGCAAAUGACAACAGUUCGAAUAGUUAUAUUUAUAUAAAUAGAUCGCUAUUGUCAUAUAACUUACAAAUUUAUUUUGUUCCACUUUUGUAUUCCCAAUGCUAAAGUCACUUUGUGUUUGAAAAUGCAAAUCAAAUUAAACAGAUGUAUCACUUGUUUCUUGUGUGUGCUCUAUUUAACCACACUUUUAAUGUCGAGAGACAAUGCAAUGCAAAAAUAACACAUUCAUUUCGAUCAGUCAAGCAGCACUCAUUGAGUGUGAAGCAUGAUUGCUUUAUUAACACAUUAGUGGUUAAGACAUGUGACAUUACAAGAGAGUAGGCUAUUCAUAUGCAUCAUGAACUACACAAGCAAAAAUAAAACAAAAAAGCUAAGAUGCUUAAAGUAGAAGAUUUGCAGAAUUACACAAUUACUGAAAUGAUACAAUCUGAGCAAUGAGGAGAAUGAACCUCUGAGAAAUUAUUGUGCUCUAAGUAAUAGCAGUGAUUCAUAAUCAUAUGCAUUUAACUCAAGCUCAGGAGGUCCUGAUGACAUUAGCUGUAGCUUUUUGCAGUUCAUACCUAUUUUGCUUAUUAUGUUUGUGCUCAUAGGUCUACAAAUGAGGAAGUGUUCACCGCUCAUUGACCCAUUAUAACAUUACCAAACAUGUCCACCAGGGGACGUGCAAAUGUUACACAAACAAUAUUUUUAAAUGGGUAUAGAGCACGACUGCAAUGCCAUUCUGAAACCAAGAUCAUUUUGUAGAUCUUUAUACUUCUUUUAUCAUCAAUAUAUUGAUCUCAUGUAGCCUCAUGUAAAAUAUUAUGAGGAUAAAAUGUGUAUUUUGGUGUUUCGAUGUGGUCUCAUCUUCUUUUUUUAACUAUGUAUAAUUUGUGUAAUUUGUCACAAUGGGACAGAAAAAAAAAAUCAAUGUAACAGCCUGUUUUAAGGAAAUGCAAAAUUAUUCAUUAAACUCUAAGAUAUAAAAGAUAUGUAAAAUGAGCACUUAGAAGCAAUACUUCAGGUUUUCUUAUCUUGGUUUGUUCUUCCACCUUAUAUUAAAAGUGAAGAACAGUCUAGCUCUACAUAUGAGACUAGAACAAGAAGAAAAAUAAUCAGUCAAACUUUAUAUUAGGUGGCCUUUUGUCUCCUAAACCUAACCAUACCUCAAACUCAUUAGCAGAAAAUGUGGGAAUUUUCCAAAACAACAUGUGAAAAUCCAUAGUCGUUUUAGGUAUUUAAUGUUAGUAUUUAGUAGUUAAGGCCACCUAAUAUAAAGUGUGACCAAAUAAUCUUAGCACAACAGAACUACCUGUCCAAGAUGUCUGUUGUUCAUUUGAUCAAGCCAUCUGUCUGUUAUCUAUUUCAUAUAAUCAAAACUUUUCAGUUCAUUUUGUCCAACUAGCAUAAAAAUGUUCCCAGAUACCAUAAUUCAUGUUAUUAGUCAACACUCCUAGUCCCUGCCCCUUACCAAACAAAGUGAACUUAAGAAACUUGGACUAGUACAGUAAAUCUCCCAGUCACACAUACACUAGGUGAAUGGAGUCACCUCAAAUUUGAAACAUUUUGCUGCUAGAAAAGACGUAAAUACAGACAUGCAAACGGACACAUUCACAUUCUCCUGCAACAUCCAACAUCUGGAUCAGCAGUACAGCACACAUGAUGUUCAGGGCGCCUACACACUAGAGGUUAUGCUAUGUCAGAGAAUGCAGAACACUUUAAUGGCCGCAAAGGCUGGGCGGACAAAAAUCAGGGUUUGGCGAAUCAGAUGCUCUAGCAACCAAAAGCUUUUUUUUUUUUUUUUUUUUUUUUUUUUUUU